AUGUUCUCUUGGGCCUCCGUAACGAAACGCCACAGAUAUAAAAGCGCACCUGGUGACGUCUUGUUGCCAAAGGAGAACAGGCAAGGGGAACGAUUUGGUCUACCUACACAGCGAAGGGGGGAAGACCAACUACACAUGAAAAUGAUUUCAAAUAUCACAUUUUUCUCUUUAUCUGCGCUUGUACUUCUGAACUUGGUAGGAUCCAAACCCGUGUCCAACCUGCAGGUAAGUUUGUGCAUCAUGCGCCAAACUUUCGAUCAUUACAUUUUUGCAGUUCUUCUUAUUCCACCAAUUCCCAUAGAUAUAUGUUUAUUGUAAUUGAUGGAAGACUGUUUCAAGUGGCUUUAAGUGACAUUGCGACUAAUGAUUCCAUGUUUUCUCUCAAUUAGAGCUUGAAACAGCUUCUGGAGGAGGAGAGUAAUGUACCAUAUUACGUGUCGGAGGAGAGGGAGGUGGGUGGAAGAGAGUUAAAUACAGAGAAGGCAGCCUUCACUGCGGGAGUGAUGGGUCCAUUGAACUCCGAAGAUGCAAGGAAUUCCGCGCUGGCGGGAAAGGAGGAUGCAAUUGCGCGUCUUCUCAACUACAUUAUGAAGACCUCCAAGCAACCGUGGAGCCGAUUCAAGAAGGGUGGACUGAGAAGCUGCUUCGGCGUCAGGCUAGAACGAAUUGGGUCAUUCAGCGGGCUUGGAUGCUAA